UUUACAUAUAUAGUGUCAAGUUCGCUAAUUUGUGUUUUGUAGCUUUACAGACAUUUGGGUACAGCCUUGCCUGUGGCCAGUGGCCAGGCAUUGCCGUGCCCACAGGUUCAGGACAAGCAAUAAAGCGUGAAGGUUAGAUGUAUCAAAUAGCAUCAUCUGGGUGAUUUGAGCCCUGCCCAGCCCUUUCAACCACUAGUGCGCUCUUUCGAGGGGCACGUGUGACGCUGGGCGCAUAGCGAAAGGCCUAAAAUGGCGUGCCUUGAAGAGGAUUUCUCUGACGUUAAGGAGUUUGUCAAGGAGGAUGACUCUUGCUAUGAACAAAACGCUAGCGAGGACGAGGUGGAGCGAAAAAUUGAUGAAGAGCAUGCGAAAUUCAGGGAAGCGCAAGCGAAACGGCAAGAGGAGGUCCGUGCCAACCGGCCUUGGUCGUCUCCGCCCAUCGAGUCGCCCAGACCUGAGCAGCAGAAGGAGCGCGAGAGGGAACGGAAGGCUCGGACUUCUACAUCUGACUCCUCUGGAGGGGACGCUCCUCGGUCCGAGUACGAGCCCCCCGCACGGCCGUACUUGCCGGCGGCCCAGGCGUCAGGCAGCAACUUGUCGUACUUGUCACGGCCGCAGUCAGCGGAGCUCCGGGGCUCCCGCCGGCCGUCAAACAGUGGCACCCGCAGUUACACGACUGGCAUGUCCCCGGCCUCGCUGUCAGGCAUCGAGGAGGAGGCGGUGGUGGAGGCAGCAGCCACCUCUCGCCGGCCCUCAGAGGUGGAGCGCAUGGGCUCGCCCACGCACGGCGGCGGCGGCACCGGUGCGCCCGAUGACACACCGGGCCGCGACCAGAACAGCCCUGCCCUGAAGGAGGAGGAUGAGGAUGGGAUUGAUGAUGAGGAUGAGGAUGAGGAGCUGUUGGGCAGCGAGGAGGGUGAAGCGGAGGAGGAGGAGCGGGUGGGGGUGGCGGAGGGAGAGGGCAGCGGGGCGUAUGGCGGUCGGCAGGACGCCUCAGAGGAUGGCGCGCUGAAUGCGACGUUUGAGGUACGACCGCUGGAGGAGGCGGAGCGGCGGAGCUGGGCGGGCGAGGGCGACGUGGGAGGGACGAGCGUGGAGCUGGACCCGGUGCCCUGGGGCUCGACGAACGGGGCUCUUGCUAAGGGAGCGCUGGCGCUGUAUGGGGAGGAGGCUGCGCCGUUUCGGAACCAGGAGGACGAGGGGGAGGGCGAUGCGGGGCGACUGGAGCAGCGCUGGCUUGUGGGUGCGGUGUAUGGUGGUGUGCAGCCAUCCAGGGUUGAGGAGGAGGAGGAAGAGGUGCAUGACGGUGUUGUGGAGGAAGAGCAGCAGGAGCAGCGCCGUGCGUCGGCUGCAAGCGGCGGAGGCGGAUUGCCGUACAGUUGGAGCGGUACGGCAAAGGCCGUACCGCCGCUGCCUGAGGUGGCGGGCCCUACGAUGGCCAUGCGUGGGUUCGUGCAGCCGCUGCCGUGCGAUUCAUCGUACGACCACCCCGGCGAUGGCAGGCCGCCAGCGCUGGGGGCGGAGCCUGCUUCGAUGGAGAUAGAGGGGCUGCCGCAGGGCCCUCCGGUGCACCAGGAGAGCAGCGUGGGAGGCGCCGUGCCCGAGGAGGAGGUGGAAGAGGAGGGGCGUCCAACGGGACAGGCGGCAGGCGCGGAGGCGGAGGGCAGCGGGGAUGCAGAGAAUGAGUACAGCAACGACAAGUUUGAAAGCGAGGCCGAGGAGGAGGAGGAAGAGCGGGAGGGGGGUCAAGGAGGUGCGGGGGCGGCGGGGACACAGGCGGCGGCGGGCGAGAGAUCUGGGGCGGAGGGCACCGCAGAGGCCCCGCCCACGCAUGCACCGUCGCGGGAGGCGUCAGAGCAGCAGCAGCAGGUGCCCUCAGCGGGACUAUCAUCACCGCCACCCGCCGCAUCGGAGCCGUCGCAGCCUCCUGUGCAGCAGGUCCCGCAGCCGCCAGCGUCAGAGCCGUCGCAGCAGUCGAUCUCGCCGCGGGCGGCUCCCUCGGCUGUUGCUUCUGAGAGGUCAUUGCCAACGGCCCCGGGCCCGCCGCCGCAGCCGCCUGCCGCAGAGGCAUCCUCGCCGCGCGCGCCUCCCUCCGCCGACUCCUCUUACGCCAGCAGCACCCCGCCGGCACCACGACAGCCGGCUAACCUGCCGCCGCUGCAAGUCGCUAGCCAUGCAACACCAGAAGCCUCCCCGCACCCCUCACCACCCGCACCUUCCACUUCAUCGCUCUCCAAAGCCGAGGAGGACGCCGCCGCCGCAGCAGCAGCAGCCAGCAGGCGCGCCGCCGCUGCCGCCGCCGUGGUUAACAACCUCCGCACCGUCAGCGGACCUGGCAUCGGCGUCGGCGCCAUCGGCAGCAACGCGGCGCCGCUGCCGCCGCCAGAUGCAGCGUUUGACCUGCUCCCGCCGCAGCAAUUCGCCAUGCAGCUUCUCAAACACGACAUCGACGUGCUGCCUCAGCACCACAGGGUAGCAGCGGAGGCGGCGGCCGCGCGGAGGCGGCCCAUGUCUGCACGACCCGCCGGCGCCGGGUUGGCGUCGUUCGGCUACCUGGGCUACCACGUGCCGCAUGAGGACUUGACGGCGCCGUCUGGAGUGGGAGGCCAGCGCAACCCCUCGCCCGGUCGUACGGCGUCGCCGGGUCGCGGUGGCGGUGACGUCGUCGACGAUGAGGAUGAUGAGCUGUAUCUCGCUGUGCCUCGGUCACAGCAUCAGCAGGAGCAGUUCGGAGAGGGAGUUGCAGAGGGAGCUGCCGACGGCGGUUAUGAGGGGGCGCGGCCAAUAUCCGCGCCACACAUGCGACCUGGUCUGGAGGCUGACCGCGGAGGCAGGGAACCCGUACCGCCGCCGCCGUACGUUCCGUCCGUACACUUUACAGGCGGCGCCGCGGCACGUGGCGGCCGAAUGCUGCCGCCUGUGGCUCCGCAGCCGCCGUUUCCUGCUCGAGGAGGCGGCAGGCGGGAAAGCAGCGGCGCUCCUGGUGGCGGCGGUAUUCGCAUGGCGGCUGCUGCUGACAGCCCGCCGUCGGAGUCGUCCAUGUCAGUGCUGGACGAGGCGGAGGCGGCGGCGACGCCCAACCGCAUCAAGUAUGAUGUCUGGAUGGACCAGAUGAGUGGCACCUCCAAGGCGGCGUCGGAGGCCGUUGGAAACGGCGCAAAGCAGCACAUUGGCGACAGCGUUGACGGCGACAUGGAUGACGGCGCCGCCGCCGCGCCUGAGAUCCGCCGGCCCGUACGGCCCAUGACGGCACCAGCCAGCGGCCGUCGCCGCCCCGCAUCCGCUCGUCCCGUCAUGAUGGCCGGGGUGUACGGCACAAACCCGCAGCAGCAGCUGGUGAACGUGCCGCGACCCUUGGGUCGGCCCAUGUCGGCGCAGCCGCACCAUUUGCGGCCUGCAUCCGCCAGUCGGCGCGGCGGCGGCGGCACCGCCAAUGGCGGUGUAGGCUACGAGACGCCUAGAGGGCUGCUACUUAACGUUGACGCGCCCGUUCCGGUAACCAUGCCGCCUCCGGAGCAAGCGACCGCCGCAGGCGGUACCGCCGCCGUGGCGGUUGCGGGCGUUACGGUUAGCGUGUACGUCGCGGACACGUUGAAGCGCAUCGUUGAGGCGAACCGUUGGUUGCAGCAGUUGGGGGUUACCUCGAAGCGCUACCGCCUGAAGGACCGUCUUUCCAACAUGACGGUGCAGCUAUGUGAGGACUUGCCGCCGCCACAGCUGCCGCUAGAAGACGAAUUUUACGACAGUUACGAUGUCGGUUACAACCCCGCCGCCGCCGCCGGCGGAGUCAAGGUCAUCAAAGAGCUCAACCUCAAGCAGUUCCUCUCGGGCCAUGCAAAGCUGAAGCAGCAGGUGAAGAAGCUAAGGCAAACUGGCACGCCACCGCUGCCGCCGAGCAGUGGUUCCGGAGCCAUUGUGGGGCUGUACGGCGGCGCCGGCGGAUCACCCCAUGGCUUUGUGGCGGCGGAGGCCUAUGUAGGCGGCGGUGGCAAGCUGCAUAAUAGGCCCUUUUCGGCAAGUGCUGGCGUCAGUGCUAGCGCCGGCGGCAGCAUCGGCGUGGGCGGCCGGGUACGACCCGCCUCCGCCGUGCCAUACAGCGGGGGCAGUCGCGGUACGGCAGCUGCCGGGGAACCGCAUGCGCCGUACGGUGGCGCGGCCAACCACCAUGCACACCUUCAACACCAACACCAUCAUCACCAGCAAAUGCGGCCGAACAGCGCCAACCCUGCUUGCGGUCGCGGUCCCGUGUACAACACCCUCAAUUCUGGCGGCUCGCCGCCUCUAGCGGUCCCCUCCUCAAAACACUCGAACGCGGUGGGCGUUGCAGCGGGUUUGCGUCCCGCUUGGGGCACGACUGCCGGGACCAGCGCAGGUGCGGCUGUUGGCAGCAGCCAGCUGUACCAUCCAAACCACAACGGUGGCGGCAACGGUGGGAUCAACGGUCUGCCGUACAUGUACCGUUCGGCUUCCGCUCAUACCCGCAUGCCGUCAGCCAUCUUGGAUGAGGAGGACGCGGAGGAGGAGCCGGUGCUGCUGGAGCCGGACGAGAGGGGCGAUAUCUCCCGGGCUGUACGGCAGCAUCUGGGCGGUGUUGCGGAGUACUGCCAGACGAAACGAAACGAGAUUGCACGGCUGCGCAACAUGCCGCUAAUGUAGGGGUUGUUGCGGUAGUGGGAUGCUGUUAAAGGGUGCCGCGUUUGCAGCAGCGAUUUUGAGGCCGGGCUUUGAAUAGUGGCGCUCUGCUUGCAGCAAUGCUCGAGUGGCACAGCACACCUCCAGGGGUGUAAAGCAGCGGAACAACAACAACAACAACAACAACACGCAGCGGAAAGCUGGGGUACAAGGGGGGAUGCAUGCAUGCAUGCGGCGUGUGGUGUGCUUUGGGGAAUCGCUGGAAAGACCGUUUUGCUGAAGCUGCAGGACCUGAGGGCCCACACUAGCAGCGGCUAGUUCAGCCAAUGCAUGGGCGAUGCUGUACAACUAUGCGGGUAUUGGUGAACGACAUCUGCGUUUGGGAGUCUCGGCGAUUUUAAGGGCCUGCUCUGGCGUGUGUGGGAGGCGACUUUAAGGGCCUGCUCUGGCGUGUGUGGGAGGCGAUUUCGCUCAGCUGCGCACGGGGAUCCAGUAGGUGGUUGUUCUACGGGUGUCAGGUGUGACUUUCAGUAUGGUACCGGUACGCGUGAUGACAUAGCAUGUGGGGAACCUUCCAUCGUGGGACGCGAUGCACAGCUGCGUGGGUUGCGCUCCCUGAAUGCAUGCAUGACGUGCAUGAUAUGUACGACGGAACGGAAUGUCCCCCAUACACGCCGCCCUGUCGCAGCGGAGGGUUGCACUCCCAAAGAGGCUCAUCAUUAUCCGCACCGUGCAACAUGGGUGACCUGUGAAGCUGUGACACAGUGCUGCUGCUGAUGUGAACAUUGUCUGAUGCGUGAUGGGGGUAAAGAAGUACUCUUAGCCGUGGGCAAUCUUGUGUUUAGGGUUUAAAUGUAACUCAAGCGUGGUUUGCGAGCCCGCCGGGUGUACCACGUUUCACGGCAGGUUGGGUGCAUUUGGGAAACAAGGUUUCGCGGAAGGCUCCAUUCUACGAGUACCGGUAACAGCAAAAUCUGGCAUUGGGGAUGUGAUGGGUCCUGCGGGAGAGCACAGAUCUUCUGGUGCCAUGGGCUGCUGCAGGCAGGUUGGAAGUGCGUUGUGGUGCUGUCUAUCGGUACCUAUCUACCUGAUCUAUCUAUGUGCGGUUGUGUUUGUGUAUGUGUGUGUUUUCAAGGCAGGUGGCAAGUCGCAGCAAGAAGCGGCCGCUGAUCGUACGGUGAUUCCGGCUCUGAGCAGUUUUCUAUUAAAUGAGUCCGUGUAACGAUAUGAGACUUUCGUUUGUGCGAUGUGUCUGGGCUACAUGUACAUAGCACAUGCUGACGAUGGACAUGCUGGAUUAAGGUGGCAUGUAACACGAUGUGCAUACACCUGCCUGCACCCGCCAUGUCAUAAAUUCCGUGCGCGAUGGAUACGGCAUCAUUGUUGGUACCGGUAUGAUGUCAUCUUCUCGUUCCAUUUCUAGUGCAUGCAUGAGGAGGGGAACCAGCUGGCCGUUCCUGGGGACCCUUGCAACCUACUGCCAUCGG